GCUAUACCUCCUUCCACUUAUUCACUUUUUAAAACUGUGAAAAGUCUAAAAUUUUAAAUUUGCCAUAGCAGUGACUUUAAUGCAUUACAGCCUUUAUUCCAGCAUGGAAGAAAAAAUCUUCAAGCUAGAUGACCUUACUAGCAGAACAUUGGGGAAGCCAAUGUCAGUCAAAAUUGGAAGCUGUGCAAACAUUUCCAAUUAUUGAACAAGCCAAACUAUUUCUAUUACAAGGCUUAAGUAUUCUUGAACCAGAUUGCGUAUAUAAGCCGGUACAAUGACACAGAUCAGACACAUCACAAUGCGUUUCGUAUUCGCUUUGGUCUUUGGCGUGCUCGGGUGCCUCCUCCUGGCCCAGGAGGGCUAUGGUGCUAGCAGCACCACGACUACCGAGGCGGCCACGACAACCACUGCGGCCUCCUCCUCUGACACCACCACCGCAGCCUCCUCCUCUUCGGACACCACCACCGCAGCCUCCUCGUCCUCCUCGGACAGCACCACCGCUAGCUCCUCUUCAUCCUCAUCUGCGGCGGCCAGGCGCCGUGCCCGUCGCCGUCGUCUGCGUCGCGAGCGUCGUCGCCGGCAGGAGCGGCGGCAACGCCAGGAGCGCAGGAGGCGCAGGAUGGAGCAGUUGCUCCAGAGGCAGCGCCGUCUGAUCCGUCAGCUCCAGGGAUAAACCCAAGUGGGUGGUAGUUGUCCAGCGAG